CCCGCACCCAUUAUAAACCAAAAAGGCAAAGCCCUAGAUCUGUUUCACUUGUAUCUUCAUUCUCCUCAAAGAACCCAGACGCGGCCGCCAUUUUUUCUGUCAGCUUGGGUUUGGAAGGAUGGUUAGAGUCAGCGUUUUGAAUGAUGCACUCAAGAGCAUGUAUAAUGCAGAGAAGAGGGGAAAACGACAGGUCAUGAUUAGGCCUUCCUCAAAAGUGAUCAUCAAGUUCCUUUUGGUCAUGCAGAAGCAUGGUUACAUCGGAGAGUUUGAGUAUGUUGACGAUCACAGAGCUGGCAAAAUUGUGGUUGAACUGAAUGGGAGGUUGAACAAGUGUGGGGUGAUUAGUCCUCGUUUUGAUGUUGGAGUCAAAGAGAUCGAGGGUUGGACCGCUAGGCUACUUCCUUCAAGACAGUUUGGAUAUAUUGUACUUACCACAUCUGCUGGCAUCAUGGACCACGAAGAAGCAAGAAGAAAGAAUGUUGGUGGAAAAGUACUUGGUUUCUUCUAUUGAGACAAAUUUCUGAGAUUUUCAUUUUUUGUUUCUCGUCAUGUAGAACUUGGUAGUUUCCCUCAAUUAAUGUUGGUAUAAUUCUAAUUUUUUAUAUUGAGGAUUGUAUGUUUGAGAUUAUGAAUUGUUGGUUUUCUAUCGGCAAUAGUUCUUUUGGGCUUUGUCAUCAGACAGUUGAAAGAGUUUUUCAAUUUUGGAAGUGUACUCUGCUUUUUUUUUUUAAUCUCCUAAUAUAAGAUUGGUCGCUACUUGUAUCAGUGUAUAGUAUGAAAACUCUUCUGGGCGUACGG